CUAGCAUUUGUUGACAUGCUGAACGCCAUGCGAUUGGGGCAGCUCAGUGAAGACGCAGCAGUCAAGUUUAGGGCGUUAUCGAGACCUGUCAUCUACGAGGACGGCAUUGAACCCACAGACCUAUAUCCUACCAAGAAUGAGGUUGAAAUCGCCAAUAUGUCACGCCUCAAUGAACUUGGCAGCGAACCUGUACCAUUUUGUGCUAUAGACCUCCCCGGCCGUGACGAAGAUGGCCGCGUGAUCUCCCACAAGAGAAUGAUCGCAUGUCUAGAUCGACUGGUAGCAUUGCGCUCUGUGACCUUGAAGGUGAGCCUAACGAUUGCUUGA